CCUCUCUGCGUUUUCUCCAAGUCCAUUGAAUUUUUAAUUCUACAAAACUGUGCUUUUCUUUUCCUUUUUUCCAGAAUUUUAUUAAAACUACUGCAAAAAAAAAUUCUUGGAAUGGAAAUCCCAUUGCCUUUGGAUAAACUAUCUCUACCAUCAGAAAACAAUCAAAGUGAGGACAAAAUAUAUGUAGUCUUAGUAGCUACUGGAAGCUUCAAUCCUCCUACUUUGAUGCACUUACGCAUGUUUGAACUGGCUCGAGAUACGUUGAAUUCAAAUGGGUUUUGUGUUAUAGGAGGCUAUAUGUCUCCUGUAAAUGAUGCUUACAAGAAAAGGGGCCUUGUAGCUUCUGAACAUCGUAUCGAGAUGUGUAACCUAGCCUGCAAAAGUUCCGACUUUAUCAUGGUCGAUCCUUGGGAGGCAAAACAAAGCUCUUUUCAGCGGUCUCUAACCGUCCUGAAUCGAGUCAAGAGUUUCUUGGCGGAGGGUGGAUUGAUACGUAAGGAAUCCCUUAAAGUCAUGCUUGUUUGUGGUUCUGAUUUACUUCAAUCUUUCAGCAUUCCCGGCUUUUGGAUCCCUGAGCAGGUUAGAGCUAUAUGCAAAGAUUACGGCGUGGUUUGCAUUCGUAGAGAAGGACAAGAUUUGGAAAAAAUCAUCAGUGGUGAUGAGAUUUUGAAUGAAAACCGGGAUAACAUUAAAAUAGUCGAUGAACUUGUCCCGAACCAAAUCAGUUCAACUAGAUUGAGGGAAUGCAUUUCAAGAGGAUUGUCUAUAAAAUAUUUGACCAUAGAUGAAGUGAUCGAUUAUAUCGGAAAACAGCAUCUCUACCUGAAAUCAGAUGAGAAAUGAUUACCGACUAACAGAUCGGGUUAGUAAUCGUUAAUUCUUAUAUGUAAAAGAUCAUUGUUGAUCGAAAGAAACAUUUCUUUCACUUGCUAGUGUUUUGUUUUCAUAGAUAUAGGUGCAACAAUUCCAGUUUCUUAUCUAUAUCUGAGCUAUGGAUUGAACUUGAUCA